CAGACAGACAGCCAUAUAGAAAAAUGUCUUCAGAUAUGGAUGGGACCAUGCUCCUGGGGGUGGAAGGCAUUAAGAAAACCAUCCUGUAUGGAGGGACAGCUGAGAUGCCCCGGUUCAUUACUGGGACCAAGGUGACCUUCCAUUUCCGUACCCAGCUGUGUGAUGAUGAUCGUACGGUGAUAGACGACAGUAAGGUGACGGGCGUGCCAAUGGAGGUGGUGAUCGGGAACAUGUUCAAGCUGGAGAUCUGGGAGACCCUGCUCACCUCCAUGAGGAUUGGAGAGGUGGCCGAGUUCUGGUGCGAUGUCACCCACACUGGCCUCUACCCCCUGGUGGCCAAGAGCUUGCGGCGCAUCGCGGAGGGCAAGGACCCUGUGGACUGGCACAUCCAUUCGUGUGGCAUGGCCAACAUGUUUGCCUACCACACCCUGGGCUAUGAUGACCUGGACCAGCUACUGAAGGAGCCUCAGCCUCUCUACUUUGUACUGGAACUGGUCAAGGUGCAGCAGCCCAGUGAGUAUGACAGGGAGUCGUGGGCUCUGAAUGAUGAGGAGAGACUGAAGGCUGUGCCCUUGCUCCACGGCCAGGGCAACAAGCUCUACAAACAGGGGCGCUACCAGGACGCCACCAACAAAUACAAAGAGGCCAUAGUCUGCAUCAAGAACAUACAGCACAAGGAGAAAGCAUGGGAAGCCCCCUGGCUGAAGCUGGAGAAGAUGGGGAACAUGCUGACUCUCAACUACUGCCAGUGUCUGCUCCGUAUGGAGGAGUACUAUGAGGUCAUAGAGCACACCAGUGACAUCAUCAAUCAGCACCCAGGUGAAAUGAAGGCGUUCUACGUGCGAGGGAAGGCCCACAUUGAGGUGUGGAACGAAGCUGAGGCGCGGGCUGACUUUGAGAGGGUUCUAGAUUUGGACCCUGGCAUGAAGAAGGCUGUUAAGAAGGACCUGGGUGUCCUCAACAUGAGGAUGGAGGAGAAGAAUGAGGAGGAUAAAGUCAAGUACAAGGGCAUGUUCUGACAUGGCCCAGGAGAUAUGCAGAUAUGGAGGGGGAGGGUCAAUGUCAAAGUUAAAGUGGACAGCACAGAUGGUGCUUGUGGAGGAAGAGAGGAGAGAUGGCCAAAGCAGGAGUGAGAGAGAGAGAGAGAAAAUGUAUCCUAGAUCAUUGUUACUUAUUUAUCUAUGUUUUUCCUGGAACAUUGUUUGGUGGUCAAUCAAUUUGGGUAGAACAUGUAUCCAUUAUGUCUGACUUGAAUGGUUGAAGCCCAACAAGUACUGCAUCUAGUCAUAAAAUGCAAAUAAAUCUUGGUGUAGAUUAUGUACUCAUCA